AUGUCAGAUAAUAAAAAUGAAUUUACACCAUCCCAACAAAGUCAGAAUACAUGCAAUGCAGCCGCAGAGGAUCCUUUAAGCCAGGACCCCGACCAUAAUGCUCCUGUUGUGAUACAACCAUAUGCUAUUGAGGAGCCGGAGGAGGACCCUCCCCCUGUAUCUUCCAAGCCUGCUAUUACUUUUCUUCUGGGACCCAGUUCUGAGCACUGGCAAACUGACCUGGUGGACUCAAUGGAAGACUUACACUGUGAAUCUGACAAUAAUAUCACCAGGCCGACAUCAAGAUAUAACCGAGGCAGGAAAAGGAAGUCGCCUAGCAAUGCUACUGGAGGGUUUCACGUAUCCCAGAAACAAGGUCCUGGCAUGUCACUAGAUCGACGAUACGAAGAGGGACCCGAUCUUAAAUUGAGAAAGCUACGCAGAAAAACCAAGCAAUCAAACGAGGCUUUAGGGACUCCAGCAAGCAGUCUUUCGGAUGUCGGACUUAGCGAGUUAGAGUCCUCAGAGAGUUUCUGUUCGAGAUCUCCGUCGCUUGGGGAGACUGGCACCGAUUCCAACCAAGAGGCCACUGCAGCGGAACAUAUGGAUCUAGAUUGA